AACCGACGAUCUGUAGAGGGAAGAGCCAAAAAGAGUCUUCGCAGAAAUGGCGGCGGACGCCUCCAUCCCCUUCUCCCACCACCUCCUCCAACCCCGCCGACGGCGGAGCGCCCAUCCCUCCCCAACCCUAGAUUACGACGAUGAUUUCCCCUUCUGGUCCUCCCACCACCACCGCCAAUAUCACGACGCUCCGUUUGAUGUCUACUCUUCCGAUCCCUUCCCUCUCCACCCCCACGGUCCGAUCGCCGCCGUCCGAUCCCAUUCCUCCGUCGACGGCGUUCUGUACGAUGCCGAUUCCCCGGAUCUCUUCCACGGCCCCGAGAACCAGGCCAAUUUCGUCAUGGACCUGUUUCACCAGCGCGUGGAGCAGUCCCAGAUAGUGGACGGCGACGGCUCCGAUUUAGUCUCAGGUUCGUUGAAUGGGUCCAAUUUUGCGGUUAUUGAGGGAGAUGGCGAUUUGAGCGUCGAUAAUUCGGAGGUAGGUUUAGGUUUAGGAUUCGGGUUUGAAUUGGAGAGGAACGGAAACGGGUCUUUCGUUGUCGAGCAUUGUUACGGGGAGCAUGAUGAUGGCGAUGACGUCUUCUUUGUGGAGAGGCGGUUUUCUGGCGGAGCUCAGUCCACUGGUGGUGUGGCGGAGCCCUAUGGUGAUGGGAGAUCUGAGUCCGAUUCAGAAUCGGGGAACGAUGGAAGGGCCCGUUUGUGUUUUGACGAUGAGUUUGGGUUUGAUUGCGACAAUAAUGAGAAUGAUGAUCUUGGGAGCAACCUUCUUAUUUGGGAUUCUCUAAACCUGGAGGACAAUGAGGAGGUUCAUGAUCAUUUCGACUGGGAGGAAGUGGAUGGUCGCACCAACGAGAGAGAGACUUCGAGCUUGUUUGUUCACGCUGAUGGCAGUGUUAGGUCCAAUUCAACCUCGACGCCCAUAGUUGCUGCUGAGGAUGGUGAUGGAGUGAGGGUGGAAAGAGUUGGAGGUCUGGGGAACGUGGAGUGGGAGGUUCUGUUGAAUGCUAAUAACUUGCUUUUGGAUCCAGAUUUGGAAAAUGAGGAACCUUUAUUCACCGAUGGGGCAGACGGUGAGAUUUUGGUUGGGCAAGUUAUGGAGAGUGAGAGUUCUUCUGGGGGUAGGCCUCCAGCUUCUGCAUCAGUAAUUGAGAAUCUUCCUACUGUAGUUUUAGGUCGAGGGGAUGUGGAGAAAAAUAAGGGGCCUUGUCCUGUAUGCAAAGAUGAGUUUGAUGUGGGGGAAAAGGUGAUUGAUCUGCCUUGCAGUCAUAGAUACCACUCAGACUGCAUCCUACCCUGGCUGCGCGUGAGAAAUACUUGCCCUGUUUGUCGUUUUGAAUUACCCACUAACGAAUCUGAUUAUGAGGGUAGAAGGUUCUUGCAGAGACUAUGACUAUCUUUGGUCAUGGACUGAGGUCAGAUUCCAGCCCGUUGCGUGCAAGUUUGCAUCACCGACCAUCCAUGUUUCAAGAACUGGGCUUGGAGUGGUUGAGAGUAUUGUCAGCCACGAGAGAGAGGGAAGCAAUUACUGAGGCAGAUAUGAUAUACUUUUGGUCAAAGAUUUUGAGAAGUACUCCUCGUCAUUAUGACGACCAUCCCGAUUUAGACUAUGCAAGGAGGAAGUCGUAGGUUCAAGAUUUCGAUUUAAUCAAGUUUUUAGUAGUUGCUUGGCUUUUCGACAUCAAGAAAAGGUGUCCUUUCAAUCGACGAAACAACGUACUUUUUGCCUGUGUUUAUGGUAUAUGCAUCUUUUUGACAAAGGCUUUUUUC